AUGGGUAUCUCUAGGGAUAGUCGGCAUAAACGCAGGAGCACCGGUGGUCGGUUUCCAAUUCACCAAAAGAAACGCAAAUAUGAGCUUGGAAGGCCUCCGGCUAAUACCAAACUUGGCCCUCGCUUAGUCAGGAAAGUUAGAUGUCGAGGGGGUAACAUCAAAUUUAGAGCCUUGAAGCUUGACUCAGGAAACUUUGCCUGGUCAACUCAAAGAAUGUCUAAAUUGACGCGUAUAACAAAUGUUGUCUACAACGCUAGUAGUAACGAAUUAGUUCGAACUAACACAUUAGUCAAGAAUACUAUUGUUACAAUAGACGCAGCACCAUACAAAUUGUGGUUUCAAAACCAAUAUGGAAUUGAUAUUUCCAAGUUGAAAGAGAGUAAAGAUUAUGAAAGUUUGCCCAAAGAGGCCCAGAUUAGUCCUGAUAUGGUCGAGCAGAUCGCUUCUGGCAAGAUCCUUGCAUGUAUAUCUUCAAGGCCUGGACAAACGGGUAGAUGUGAUGGUUAUCUUUUGGAGGAUGCGGAGCUCAAGUUUUACAAACGUAAACUUGACAAGAAGAAAAGGAAGAAGAAGGUUUAG